ACUCUCACUUCGGCGCUUGUUCCCGACUCGAAGCCCCCAUUUUCUCUAUUCGCAGUUUACCACCCAACACCUGACAUGAAGGUCAUCGUGUUUUUGGCCAUUGUGUCCGUCGCCUUGGGCACCACGAUGAAGGGAGCUUACCAUCAGCCAAAAGUCUCACAGCACAUCCAACCAUUCACGACUCUGAAGCAAGUGCUUCAAAUCAGGAAAAUCCCCACCGUUCAACAUAGAGUGAUCCACGGAACUAAGCUAGUCAGUGUGCCUACGAGGCGAGUCAUUCAAGUUCCCGGGGUCCGCUUAGUCCCACAGAUUGUGCACCAACCGGUUUCUGGGUACAGGCUGACGAGGAUAGUCACUGGUCUUCCCUUUCAAGGUGGCGCCAUUGGCUUGGGAGGAGCCGGUGGAGCCGGUUCUGGAUUGGGUAUCGGAUCCGGUGCAGCUGGUUCUGGAUUGGGUAUCGGAUCCGGUGCAGCCGGUUCUGGAUUCAAAGGCAUCGGAGGUAAUCCUUAUUUUGGUGGAGCCGGUUCUGGACUCAAAGGUAUCGGAGGCACUCCUUUAUUCGGUGGAGCCGGAUCUGCAUUCAAAGGUAUCGGAGGCACUCCUUUAUUCGGUGGAGCCGGGUCUGGAUUCAAAGGUAUCGGAGGCACUCCUUUAUUCGGUGGAGCCGGAUCUGGAUUUAAAGGAUUCGCCGGAGGUUCCGGAUACGGAAGCGGUGGAUACGGCUCCAGUUUCGGGGGUGCUGGUGGCUCCUUCAAAGCUGGUGGUGGAUGGUAGUCACAGACAAGCAAUGUAAAUUAGUUUCAGGACUGGGACAAGCCAAAAAGUGGCGAAAACACGAGUGUUGGACUUUCGGUCCUCAGUCACAUAGCUACUUUACGUUAGUUACAUUGGAUAAGACCUACACAUCAUACCAAAUACAUGACCAAACGGCCACAGACAUUCAAUGCAUGUGAAACUAAAGAACUUGAUGCAUUUCUCACCAGUCUGCGUGGAGUUAUAUCACUAUAUCAAUUGAAACAACCACAACAAUGAAUCAAGUGAACCUUUGUCUUAGUUACACCAUGCUGAAUUAAAACUCGUAACCGAGUAAUAUUUUAAAUGACAAACAAUAAGCACGUACGCGCACUAAACAAAAAGACGGCUUUACUUUCCACAAUUUUCAAGCUUGCUGGCGAACAUGCCUGGUUUGUAGAUUUGCACCUCAUAUCUUUUCACAGCAUUGAACAAUAAAUG